UAGCCCCCAUUGUCGAGUGAAUCACAAACGUAUUGCGAAUCGGUUCGAACGAGUCAUUCGAAAGAACCUGAUCACGAGAAUCAUACUUGGAGUGUGUGUAGCUGUUUUAAGGGGCUGCUGUGGAUCUGCUGAUGAUAUGGAGACUCUUGCCAUCCACAGACACUGAUCGUGCAACUUUACUCGUCCGCUUAGACGGAUAACGCGCGUUCAUGGCCGCUCUGCUGUCAUAUUAACAACUUCAAACAUGUCCAAGAGCUGCAAGAAGAAAAGUCACUGGACCAACCGAGUCCACGAAGUUGUGCUGUCCAGGGGUCUGAGUGGUAAACUCGGGUUCGAGCUGCAGGGAGGCGCGGAGAAUGGACAGUUCCCCGUUAUUGGGGAGGUGAAACUGGACAGGGUCAAAUUGAACCAGGACGAGUUACUUCUGGAAGUGAAUGAAAUUCCAGUAGCCGGACUGACCAUCAGGGAUGUGUGGGCUGUGGUCAGACACUGCAAAGAUCCAGUCCGCCUUAAGUGUGUCAAACAAGGAGGUGUUGUGGAUAAAGAUCUCAGGCAGUAUCUCAACCUCCGUUUCCAGAAAGGCUCUUUGGACCACGAGCUACAACAAAUCAUCCGGGACAACCUUUAUCUUCGCACCAUACCCUGUACAACCAGGCAGCCUAAAGAAGGAGAGGUUCCAGGAGUAGACUAUAAUUUUGUGACUAUUGAGCGGUUUGUGGAGCUGGAGAAAAGUGGAGCUUUACUAGAAAGUGGAACUUAUGAAGAUAACUAUUACGGCACACCCAAGCCACUUGCAGAGCCCGGCCCACUACUGCUGAAUGUAGCGGAGCAGCUGUUGCCCGGUGCCACACCCAGAGCAGAGGGCAAACGCAGACGCAACAAGUCCGUCAGCAACAUGGAAAAGGCUGGCAUCGAGCCGCCCGAGGAGGAAGAGGAAGAGAAGCCCGUCGUCAAUGGCAACGGAGUGGCCAUCACCCCAGAGUCUAGUGAACAUGAAGACAAAAGUACAGACGCAUCAGGAGAAAUGCCCACCACAUGCCCCUCCGAGACCCCUACAGAUGCGCCCAAAGAAGAACUGGAAGCCCCUAAAUCGCCCCCCAAACCAGACGAGAAUGAUGAGCUGGGUCCUCUGCCGGAUAAUUGGGAGAUGGCUUACACUGAGAAGGGAGAGGUCUACUUUAUAGACCACAAUACAAAGACAACGUCGUGGUUGGACCCCCGGCUGGCAAAGAAAGCAAAGCCUCCUGAAGAAUGCAAAGAGAAUGAGCUUCCGUAUGGCUGGGAGAAAAUCGAUGACCCUAUUUAUGGGACCUACUACGUUGAUCACAUAAACCGAAGGACUCAGUUUGAGAACCCCGUUCUAGAGGCCAAGAGAAGAGUCCAACAGCAGCAGCAGAUGCAGAGUCAGGGCUUGUCAUCUCUACCCCUACCUACAGUCUACAGAGUGGAGGAGAGUCCCUCCUCUGCCACCUUACCCAGGGCCAGACUGGCAUACGUGGGUCCCGCUCCUGAGCGCUCUCACAGUCUCACUGACCUGUCCGAGGCCCCCCUGUACCGGGCUGGUGUGUUUGGAAUGCAUGAGAAGCCUCUGUUCACGCGGGACCCCACGCAGCUGAAGGGCAGCUUCCUGUCGACAGCUCUGCAGAAAAGCAACAUGGGAUUUGGCUUUACCAUCAUCGGCGGUGAUGAACCGGACGAGUUCCUACAAGUCAAGAGUGUCAUCCCGGAUGGGCCAGCAGCACAGGACGGGAAAAUGGCUACAGGUGAUGUGAUUGUCUACAUCAAUGACGUUUGUGUCCUGGGCACCACCCACGCCGAUGUUGUCAAGCAUUUCCAAUCAGUCCCAAUUGGUCAGAGUGUAACCCUUGUCCUGUGCAGGGGCUACCCUCUUCCUUACGACCCAGAGGAUGCAGCCAGCACCCUAAUUUCACCUCUUGGUCUCAUUGAGCGCCCUCUACUUGUCAAUGGGCGGAAUAGCUACGACAGUUACUUGGAGUACAUCUCCCGCACGGCGCGCUUCGUGGACCCUUUCCAAACUUCGUUGGGGCCACCUCACCCAGGAGACACCCACUUGGACGCCGGUCCAUUAGAGGAUAGCGUCUCCAUGGCAUCUUCUGGAGCAACCGGAGGAGAGCUGUUGACGGUUACCAUGGUGAAGGGGUCGGACGGUUUUGGAUUCACAAUCGCAGACAGCAGCGGAGGACAGCGAGUAAAGCAGAUUCUGGAGGCUCAGGGAUGCCCGGGGCUGUGCGAGGGCGAUCUGAUUGUGGACAUUAACCAGCAACACGCGCUGACACUAUCACACACGCAGGUGGUGGAGCUGCUGAAGGAGUGUCCGGUUGGGGCAGAGGCCACGUUGGUCGUACAGAGAGGUGGUGCAGGUCACUUUUCACCUUGGAAGGCCUCUAAACAGGUUUUGGAACAUUGGGAUUCUCACAGCAGUCCUACGGCCAGUCUAUCUAUCCAUGCUCUUCCCCACAGUGUUCCUUAUCUACACUGGCCCACAGGUCCAGAGUUUGACCUGGGCAAACCUGAUCCAUAUGACCUGUAUGAGAAGUCCAGGGCUGUCUUUGAGACUAGGCAGCCAGGUCUUCCUCGACCAGCCCUCCCAGCUGACCCCUCCGCAGCAGAGUUUCAGGAGGUGGAGGUUCACCUGCGCAGGCAGAAGUCCGGUUUCGGCUUCAGGAUCCUGGGUGGAGAGGAACCAGGACAGCCUGUGAGUCCGGAGGCUCAGGAGAAGAUCCUGAUUGGUGCAAUCAUUGAGAAGAGCCCAGCAGAUAAAGAUGGACGCCUCCGACCCGGAGAUGAGCUCAUGUCCGUUGAUGGAAUCCCUGUGGCAGGAAAACCUCACCGUUAUGUCAUCGACCUGAUGCACGGUGCCGCCCGGACCGGCCAGGUCAAACUAACUGUGAGACGGAGAGUUCAGGCCACAGGUGAACCCUUUCCAGAGAAUGGCCGGAGUCCUGGCUCCACCCAGCAUAGCUCUCCCAGAAGUGACUUCAACUCCAGAAUUAUUUCGAAUAACUCCACCCCCUGCCAGAACUCUGCCCCAUCCACCACAGGCUCCUCCCCACCAGACACAGUAGCCAGUCAGAAUUCACAGCCCAGUGAUGUCACAAUCCAGCGCAAGGAGAGUGAAGGAUUCGGAUUUGUUAUUAUCAGUUCGCUAAACAGGCCCGAAACAGCGGCUGCUGCUGCUGUGCCACAUAAGAUCGGACGGAUUAUUGAAGGAAGUCCUGCAGACCACAGUGGGAAAUUGAAGGUUGGAGAUCGCAUACUGGCCGUCAACAAUCAGUCUAUCGUCAAUAUGCCGCAUGCCGACAUAGUCAAACUGAUCAAGGACGCGGGACUCAGUGUCACACUCAGGAUCAUCCCUCAUGAGGAGACAAACAGCACGCCAUCUGCAGGCAGUUCAGAGAAACAGAGCCCUAUGGCUCAGCCCAGUCCAGUGUGCCAACCCAGCACUGUGAACCAGACCAGUGCCCCUCCUCAACCCAACUCCACUCCCCAGUCCAACUCUGCACCUCAAACCAACUCCACAACUGAGCCUAUCUCAGAAGCACAACCGAGCUCUGUCACUCAAACCAGUCCAGCCAAUCAGCCCAGCUCAGUGAUCCAGCAAAACAUGCCAACCCAGCCAUCAGCAGUGCCAGGACAGAUCUACAGCCACGACAGUGGCUACAGGUCGGAGGUUAAAGCAAGACAGGAUGUAAAACCUGACAUUCGUCAGACGUUUACCGAUUACCGUCAACCUCCAGUGGACUACCGGCACCCACCAGUAGCAGACUACAGACAGCCCCCAACGCUUGACUACAGACAUCCUCCAUUGCUUGACUACAGACAGCUGUCCACUGACCCACGUACCUUUCCUUUACCUGACUACAGGAUGCAUCAGGUAACACUUAUGGAUUUUGAUUUCUUUACGGUUGAGUUGGAAAAAGGCAUGAAAGGGUUUGGUUUCAGUAUCCGUGGAGGCCGUGAGUAUAAGAUGGACCUGUUUGUUCUACGAUUGGCCGAAGAUGGACCAGCCAUACGCAAUGGAAGGAUGAGGGUUGGCGAUCAGAUCAUUGAGAUAAAUGGUGAGAGCACGAGGGAUAUGACGCAUGCUCGGGCUAUUGAGCUUAUCAAAUCGGGUGGCCGAAGAGUUCGCCUGCUGCUCAAAAGAGGAACAGGGCAGGUCCCUGAGUAUGAUACUCCCACCCCCUGGGAUGCUCGCACUACAACCUCCCCAAGUUUGUCGGAAGUAGCACCGCCCCUAGAGAGCUUAUCCAAUCCAUCGGCUUCUUUUCAUGUGAACCUGCCCACCGACCCACCUCAUACAUUGUCCUUGGAAACAGCGGCUCCUGACUGCUUCCAGGGUCCUAGAGGAUCAGAAAGUAGGGCUCUGGAACAGUCCAGCGUUGGGAAGCGUUCAGCCCUGGCAGGUGGAGUUGGGGGUGGGGAUGGGACCAAGCACAGGGAAGGUAGCAGGACGAACCGGCGCUCCAGCAGAGGGAAGGUUCAGCAACAGCACCCCGAAGAACUUCCGGGAGAACCCUACGAACCCAAACCCCACAAAAGCAGCCGGGCGAAGUCUAAGGAGCGCAGGAGGGAACGGAGCAAUACGCCCUCACGGAAACGAGACUCGCCCAAAACUUGCCUGACUGACAGUAAGGUCAACGGGGGAAAUGGAUGCUUAGAUGGUAGUAGCAACCAGCAAGGGUCUCCGGUGCCACUCAAAGCCCUACCAAAGGAACCAGAGAAGGGACAAGCGGAGAGUCGUCCCAGCCACAACUCCAAGAACAGCAGCAGCAGUGCAUCGGGCAGGAAGGCCACAGUAUCCCCAGGGCCUUGGAAGAUCCCAGGUUCAGACAAGCUACCCAGCACCUUGCGCUCAGCCACGUCCACCAUCAGCAGAUAACAUCUCACCCUAAUCCAAUUUCGACCUCGGUCUUGACCUCCAUCGGCCUUCUCUUGGACCAAUUUUGGCCACAGUUCACAUUGUUUAGUGACCGUCUGGGCUCAAUUGCUUUUCACAAGUUUGCUUUACUCUGUAUAGCCUAUUUUUUAACCUGGUACCAACCUCGCUCACAACGCUCCCUAAGGACCUUUCCAUGCAUUUCUAGACAAAGCAUUUUUUAUUUAUAUUUUAUUCUAAAUUAUUUUAAGCGAUAUGACACCCACCACCUUAAGAACUGGAAGCAUUCACUUCACAAAUGGAACCAUGGAAAGAUAAGUGAUGCAUGUAGCGUGCAAAUAAAACCCUAAACUGGUUUAAACCGUUGGGAAAGCACUUAAACUUUCAGACUUACAUGCAUAAAGAACCACUUACUGACUCAAAACCACCACUGGUGGUCACAGCAAUUUUUAUACACUUUGAAUAAAAAAGAAGAAUAUUGAAGGACAUACAGGUUGUGUGUAACGAAAAUGAUCAAAAAAAUAUUAUGUGAGGACACUUGAACUCUGCCUUAAAUAAAGACUCUACUGACCUACAGAUGUCCGCAAUGAAGGGUCAGUAAAGUGAAUAUAGAAAUAGAUAUAUUAUAUGAUGACUACAUAAAUGUGAGACUUAUUGUAAAUACAGUCUUUAUAAACCCAUGCAAGUCCAUCCUGGUGUAUUGACAUCAUACAUGCAUUCAAAGUUAGAAAAGUAUAAAGAAGAAGUCAUUUCCCAUUCCACUUAAAGUGUAUUUUCACUGGAAGCGAAUUGAAUGCUGUUAAUCAAG